AUGCGGCUCUUGGUAGUCAACGACGACGGACCCCCGUCCCCCGUCUCGCCCUACUUCGCACCCCUCAUCACCGCCCUGAACGAGGCGGGCCACACAACCGUCGUAGUCAUCCCCGACAGGCCGCUCUCGUGGAUCGGAAAGGCCCACGCAGUCGGCAAGACCCUGACCGCAGAGAGCAGAUGCCCAACAUUCUUCUCUUCAGAUGACAUCAACACCAGCAGUAAACCCUGUACUGUCCCCGGCUGUGACGAUGUCCAGGGACCCGAAGACCGCACCCACCGCUGGCUGAUCGUAAACGGCCCCCCAGCAAGCUGCACCCAACUAGGCCUCUUCCACACACCGGGCCUCUCCCCCACAGACUUCGACCUCGUCAUCUCCGGCCCCAACCACGGCAGCAACACGAGCACAAUCUACGCACUCAGCAGCGGCACCGUCGGCGGCGCCCUCGAAGCAGCGCAGUGCGGUCGCCGCGCCGUGGCCCUCAGCUUCGGGAGCAAAGACCGCCAACCGCAAACGACCAUCCGCGCAGCGUGCGUGCGCGCCGUCGCGCUCAUCCAAGAGCUCGCGAGGGAUUGGCACCCCGAGGUGGAGGUGUACAGCGUCAAUGUGCCCAUGGUCGCCGACGUCGGUGAGGCGCCGGUGAGGGUUACGAGGACGGCGGAGGGGAGAUGGGUCACGGGGGGUUUGUUUGUUCCCGUGCUUGAGUCUGCUGCUGCUGCCGUCGCCGCUGUCGAUCCUGAAAAGUUGGCGAUGUCGGCGUCGUCGUCGUCGCGUAGGUAUCAGUUUCGGUGGGCGCCGCAGCUUGGUGAUAUUAGACGGCAAGCUGAGGAGAGUCCCGAGGGUGAGGACAUGUGGGCUUCGCGUCAUGGCGUCAUUAGCAUUGCUCCGUUGAAGGCGAGCUUUACUGCCGUGAAUGUGCUAGAAUAA